UUACCGCGCGCGGGCUUUCUCUAGUUGCGGCGAGCAGGGACUACUCUUCGUCGCGGUGCGCGGGCUUCUCAGUGCGGUGGCUUCUCUCCUCGCGGAGCUGGGGCUCAAGGCAGGCGGGCUUCAGUAGCUGUGUGAGCCUCGACACUUUUCAUGCUCACAGUGCACAGAGAAAAUGUUCUUCAAAGGAAGAACCUGGCUUUGGUUACACAUCACAACAGGUAUCAUUCUAGGAAGUGAGCUGGGUAGCCCAGAGCAACAUGGAGAACAUAAUUGUUAUCAGCGUAACAGGUUUCAUUGCAGCUUUCAGGAAGCAGAUUACUGUCAUGCUCAGAGAGGACACCCUGCUUUCACUUGGAACUAGGAGGUUCAAGACCUCCUCCGGGACUUUCUGGAAGAAGGAAAGAAGUGGUGGGUUGGGGAAAAUUGAACGCAGCUGGGAAAACAUCAAGAGAAAAACAACCCAGCAGAUGUCACAGCCCAGUGGGCCCCCGCUCCCAGCUGCAUUUACCUGUUCCGAAACCCCAGUCGGAUCUCGUCAAAAAUGGACUUGUGCUCACUGGGGCAUUGGUCCAUUUGCCAGGCUGCAAGUGGGAAGAAGAGAGAGAGGCGGACUCACAACCACUGUGCCACCAGGGAAGCCCCAACCAACAUUCUUAAAAUGUUGCCAGAAGGAAGGAAAACAAAGUCCAAGACCCCACGCCAUUCCAUCAGCCCAUUUCCUUCAAUACCACCUGGAGUCACACAGCAGGGAGUAUCAGUCAUGCCUGUACCUACCAGCCAGCCUCUCCCUGUGCCAGAGCUCACCAGGCCUGGAUCUGUAACACAUGCUGGAAAAGCUCCGGUAGAAAUAACUUCAAGCCCCAAAGAGGACUCACGUCCAGGUGUCUUCACCACUCAUCCACAAGCAUCAUUUCAGAGCACAUCUGAUCAGGUCAUAGAUGAGAUAACAAGGAACUUUAGCAAAGCAAUUCUCAGUCUGCAAGCUCAGGACAAACUACAGAAAACUUGUGAGGUCCUCGAGAAACUGGCAGCCUUUAUCCCAGGCUUUUCUGAGUCAGCUCAGUUGCAGCAAGCGGUGGCUGCUCUUUGUUGCGGUGCACGGACUUCUAGCUGUGGCUAUCUUGUUAGACACCUGUUCUCCUCCAUGAUUGUAGAAAAUUUCACCCAGGAUUGUCUGUGGCUCUCGAUCACAACUUGACAUCCCUGGACCCAGUUUACAAGAGUCCAGCAGCUCACCUGCUGCAUGACCCUCCUUCUCUGCAACAUGGUCACCUAUGUCAUGUUCUAGAAGAUGAACGGCACCACCACCAAGAGACAUGAGCAAGCUGUGGUGGGCCCAUUUGCUGUGGCCUGGUCUGAACUGCUCGUAAGCAUCCAAAAUGCUGUCAUCCUUUUCCCCGUCAGUCUUGGGAUUGGGCGGCUUUUCCUGUUGAUUCAACCACAGGAACCUCUACUUCUCUUUCCUCCCAUCCAGGCCUCCUGCCUCUCAGAUGCUUCUUUUGAGCCCGUCUCAUCUUGGUUCUACAUUCAGGAAUUAAACGAAACUGUGGGAUUCCUGCUCAGAAGAAAUACGUACCUCUCUGAGUGUGAACAGUCUUCAUGGAGUCUUUCUUACAACAUUAACCAGCUGGUGAAGCUUUUAUCCAGCCUCGUCUGUUCUUACUUAGAGGGUCAAGGACCAGCUGGCAGGACCCUACUGGGCAAAUGUCCAGUUGUUCAAGUGUCAACCUGGAAUGUACUUUCAGUGGUUCCUGAAAACCACCAUCAUUUCCACAGUUACCUGCUCAGAGUUCUGCGGAGGCUCCAAUCUCACUUAGACACACUGGGUCCCGCCCAGGCCCAUCAGCCUUGUGAUGUCCUAGAUGCAGUCAGCCAACUACAAGAACUUCAGGAACUGUUGGAAAUGUGGAUUCUUCCCAUAGAGCAAGGACCAUCCAGGUAAUGCAUCCCUUUCCGCAUCCUGAGCCCAGACGGGAAGCAGCCCGUCUCUAAUGGCCGGCUCAGAUGGUUGACUUCCUUCUGCAGGCUCCUUCUGGGUGUCACUAGCCUGCUGGCCUCAGCCUUUCUAACAGCACUUUAUAGCCUGGAACUGAACGAAGACCAAGCCACCAGCUGGGUUAUUUCGAUUUUAUCAUUGCUUCAGAACAUCUUCACCACCAGUAAAGUCGAAGUGAUCUUCCUCACAUUGUUUUACUCUCUGCUGCUGAACAGGAUGCUGUGGCUUCACAAAGAGGAGGAACAUCAGACCAAGAGGAUCUUGGCAGUCUUGGCAAGAUGUCUUUCAUCAUUCCCCGGUUCAAGAGAUGAAAACAACCCCAUCUACAUAGCCCCAGCUAUGAAUGGUCCAGUUAAAUGCCCAGAAAGAACCUUGAAAGAGAAGAAAUUCUUCAAGUUGACAGGAGAUAUUUUGGUACAAAUACUUUUCCUUAUCCUGUUGAUGACUGCAGUCUACUCAGCACACAACUCCAAUAGAUUUUACCUCCGUCAAGCUAUCCACAAGAGCUUUCCUUACCGCUUCUCAGAGAUCAAACUUCUUAAGCAUUUCUACCCCGGGGCCAGUAGCACCCUCCUUCCUAACCUGUACAGCAAUUACAGAGGUAAGAACACAGUCCUGGGGCCCACCUGCAAAUGUGAGGUGCAGUUGGUUUUCCAAACACCCCUGCAGUAACCCAUUAGAACACUGGAGAAAGGUCUGCUGGCUUUUUCAAAAUGACUGCACCUCUGUGGGCAGCCAAAGGUCCACUCCCAGGGCCCCAUCUAAGCAGGUUCAGGUUUAUGUCUGUUCACCCAAGGGUGAUCAGGCCCAUGAAGGCUGAUUCCCACUGAUGAGUUUCACAAGAGGCUGAUAAACAAAACUGAGAAUUCAUUCACUAACAACAUGAAAAGUAACUGGAGUGAUCCCUGGGACUGGUUGCCUCCUUGUGAAGGAGGGAACCACAUGGACUCUUGUCCACUGCUGUGUUCCCAGCACCUAGAACAGGACCUGGUGUAUUUUAACCUGCUGUUUGGAUGGAGCAUCUCUGACUACCGAACUUUUCUCAGUUCACCAGUGACUGUUGUUGGUCUCCUGAUGGGAAUCUCUCAUCACAAGGAGGUUAUUGCUUUAAACCCAGUCCUGGGCUCCCUUCUUAUCCUCCUAACCAGUGUCGUUUUGAUGGUACUUGUGAUCAUUAACCUUUUUGUUUCUGCCAUUUUAAUGGCCUUUGGUAAAGAAAUAAAGUCCUUUAAGACUCAGAAAGAAGCUGCACUGAUGGAUAUGCUGCUACUGAAGCUCUCAAGUUUGUCAGGAAAACAGCGGCACCAGAACACAUGUAAGUAAGCAAACAGCUGUAACAGCAAUGGCCACUGACAAAUGAAGUUUCAAAACAUUAAUCCUGUUACCUCCUCACUUGGCUUAUUACUUCUUAGUAUAUUAAUACUGAUCUUUGCAAUGGUGUACUUUAGAAAAUUAUAGAUACUUAUAAUAUACUUAGUUAAUUUUGUUAGUGAAGAAUCAAAAUCCCCUUGGCUGCAGAUUCUUAUGUUUAUGGAACUUGGCACUAUCACAGGGUUAAACACUGCAAGAGUGGUGCAGGAUAAACCAGCUCUGCUGCCAAACAAACAUCAAGUAACAUCAUUCAUGUUCCAGGAUGACUGUGGGAAAUACGAGUCAGAAGUAAGCUCAGUGCAACUUUAAUUAAAGAUACAAGCAUGAGACUUGGCUAAGGGGGAGCCCUGUCACAGAGAAGUAACCAAGCCAACUCACAGGUAACAAUCUGGGCUUAAAUACUGAGAUCGAAAUGGGCCCCUUACUCCCCAGGCAUCCAUCCACAUUACCCAGGGAGCCAAUAAGGUCUGGCUUGUGCCCAGUAUGGGUCACUUACUUAAAUAC